AUGGGGGCAGAGUCUUGUAUUGGUCUGAUAUUUAGGUGCAGAAACGUUUUUCAUAUCAGACAAGUUCAUGCUCAUGUGGUGGUCAACGGAACAUUCCAAGAUCUCGUUGUUGCUAAUAAGCUCCUUUACACGUAUGUCCAACACAAGGCCAUGGAUGAUGCUUAUUAUCUGUUUGAUGGAAUGACAAUGAGAGACCCCACAACUUGGAGUGUCAUGGUUGGUGGGUUUGCCAAGGUAGGUGACCAUACCAGUUGCUAUGCUACCUUUAGGGAGGUUCUCAGAUGUGGUGUUACACCUGAUAACUACACUUUGCCCUUCGUGAUAAGAACUUGCAGAGACAGAAAGGACCUUCAAAUGGGUCAAGUGAUUCAUGAUGUGAUCUUGAAACAUGGGUUGCAUUUGGAUCAUUUUGUUUGUGCCUCCCUAGUUGACAUGUAUGCCAAGUGCAUGGUCAUUGAGGAUGCUCGGCGGCUGUUUGAGAGAAUGCGAAGUAAGGACCUUGUGACUUGGACAGUGAUGAUUGGUGCUUAUGCUGAUUGCAAUGCCUAUGAGUCAUUGGUCUUGUUUGAUCGGAUGAGGGAAGAAGGUUUUGUUCCUGACAAGGUUGCUAUGGUGACUGUUGUCAAUGCCUGUGCCAAAUUGGGGGCUAUGCACAGGGCUGCGUUUAUUAAUGAAUAUAUUUUUAGGAAUGGUUUCUCUUUGGAUGUGAUAUUGGGGACUGCAAUGAUUGACAUGUAUGCUAAGUGUGGUAGUGUUGAGUCUGCAAGAGAGGUUUUUGAUAGGAUGAAAGAAAAAAAUGUUAUUUCAUGGAGUGCCAUGAUUGCUGCCUAUGGGUAUCAUGGGAGGGGGAAGGAAGCCCUUGAUUUAUUUCAUAUGAUGUUGAGAUGUGCAAUAUCGCCCAAUAGGAUCACCUUUGUCUCCCUCUUAUAUGCUUGUAGUCAUGCAGGGCUGAUUGAAGAGGGUCUUCACUUUUUUAAUUUGAUGUGGGAAGAGCAUGCUGUUAGACCUGAUGUCAAACAUUAUACCUGUAUGGUUGAUCUUCUGGGCCGUGCUGGGAGGUUAGAUGAGGCCUUUAAACUGAUUGAGGCCAUGACUAUUGAAAAAGAUGAGAGGCUGUGGAGUGCUUUGCUUGGGGCAUGUAGAAUUCAUGGGAACAUGGAGUUGGCAGAAAAGGCAGCCAAUUAUCUACUUGAGCUACAGCCACAAAAUCCAGGGCACUAUGUUUUAUUAUCUAAUAUUUAUGCAAAAGCUGGUAAGUGGGAAGAAGUGGCAAAAUUCAGGGAUAUGAUGACCCAAAGGAAGCUGAAGAAAGUUCCUGGAUGGACAUGGAUUGAAGUGGAUAACAAAACCUAUCAGUUUAGUGUUGGGGAUAGAUCCCAUCCUAAAUCAAAGGAGAUCUAUGAGAUGUUGAUGAGUUUAAUUAAGAAGUUGGAGAUGGCUGGUUAUGUGCCUGAUACAGAUUUUGUGUUGCAAGAUGUCGAUGAUGAAAUUAAGCGAAAAAUGUUGUACACACAUAGUGAAAAGUUGGCUAUUGCAUUUGGCCUAAUUGCCAUCUCCAAGGGUGACCCCAUUAGGAUCUCCAAAAAUCUGAGGAUCUGCGGUGAUUGUCACACAUUUAGUAAAAUGGUUUCAGCUAUUAUGAGAAGGUCCAUAGUUGUUCGGGAUGCAAAUCGCUUUCACCAUUUUAGUGAAGGAACUUGUUCCUGUGGGGACUAUUGGUAGCAUGAUGAUAGAGUAAAGAUCAGUUUCUUAUGUCUAACUAAAUAUUACAUUUACUUACCAAGUAUCAAAACAUAUGAUAAGAGACGGGUAUUUGGUAAGUUUA